GGAUCACUUCAAGCAUCCGUGGAAUCUGAGCAGGCCAAAUUCCUGGCCCCCCCUUUGCACAUGGAGGGCGGGGGAGGGGGGAUGAGCCGGGCAGCAGAGCCAGGAAACCCCCCCCCCGCGCAUCUUGUCCCAGGACUCGCCUCCCUCCCAACGCCUCCCCUGCUGCCCCUGGACGGGGGGGGCAGGACGAGGUAAGGGGCGGGGCCCGGGCGGCCCGCGGGCGCUAUAAGGCGCAGCGCGCAGGGGCCGCGCAGGGAGCCCCUCGGGCAGCCGGACCCCCCGCCCCGGCCAUGUCCGGCUCCCCGGCGGCGAGCGGGCGGCAGGAUCCCGGCGGGGCGGAGCGGGGCAGCCCGGUGCCGCCGCCCCCGUACGGCGCGGGGGACCCGGACCCGGGCCCGGGGCCCCCGCUGGAGCUGCGCGGGGCGCUGGACUGCCUGGCCUGCGCCGUCCUGCUGAGCGCGCACAACCUGCUGGCCGCGGCGCUCUGCGCCCUGCUCUGCGCGCUGCUCUGCGCGGCCGCGCUGCUGCCCGCGGGCACCGCGCUGGGGCUCGGCUUCCUCUGCCACUCCAAGUUCCUGCACGCCCGCGUGCCCCCGUGCGAGGCCCAUCUUCACGACGCCGGGGCCACGGCCCUGCUGGUGCUCGGCUUCACCCUGCUGCUGCCACUCCUGGUGCUGGGCCUGGCGGCCUUCGUCCGGCUGGCGCGGCACCUGCAGCUGGGCUACUGCCUCCUGCCCUACAGCCUGGCCGUCUACCGCAACCUGCCCGCCGGGCACUACCGCCAGGCCGCCUGGUGCUGCCCCCGCGCCCGCCCGCCCGCCCCGCGGGACAAGGUCUGGGUGUGAGGGGGCCCGGGGCGCCCCGCCGGCCCCCCCCAGCGAACGAGGAGCAGCCCGCGUGGGGCCGACACCCCAAAGAGACCGGGGGGGAGGGGAAUUGCUGCUGGCUUGGGGUGCGCGACACCUGCUUGUUCUGCCUCUAGCUGCUUCGGGGGGGGGCAGCGUUUGUGCCUGGGGUUGGGGUGAGCUGUUGGGGCAAUCUAGGGAAGGCUGUGGGUUGGGGGGGACCCCCUCUGGAUUGAGGGGCUGUAAUUUAGGGGCAGGCUGGGUCUGAGCUGGGUGAGGUAGG